AUUAAAAAUCCAAAACGUCUCUCCUUAGAAACCCUAAAUUAUAAAAUAAAGAAUAUGAUGAAGAACGUAAAACUCCUACUCUUCUUCAUCUCCAUCUCCCUCCUCCUGAUCGCCGUUGCUGAAGCCCAGGAUGGCCACGAGGGCCAUUCUCAUUCAAGAACCCCAAAAUGCGAAUGCUCACACGACCACGACCACGAAAACAAAGCCGGAGCUCAGAAAUACAAGAUCGCUGCCGUUCCUUCCGUUCUAAUAGCCGGAGUAAUCGGAGUUCUAUUCCCUCUCCUCGGCAAAGUCUUCCCUUCUUUGCGUCCUGAGACACCUUUCUUCUUCGUCACCAAAGCCUUCGCUGCAGGAGUGAUCCUAUCUACAGGGUUUAUGCACGUCUUGCCUGAGGCUUACGAGAUGCUUAACUCGCCGUGCUUGACUUCAGAAGCAUGGGAUUUUCCGUUCACAGGGUUUAUUGCGAUGGUCGCUGCGAUAUUGACGUUAUCAGUGGAUACAUUUGCCACUUCGAGUUUCAAUAAAUCUCAUUGCAAUGCGUCGAAGACGAUCCCAGCUGAUGGAGAAUCUGGCGAGCUGGUCGUUGACUCUGCCAAGGUGCAGAUGCUUCGGACAAGAGUUAUUGCACAGGUAUUGGAGCUGGGAAUAAUAGUACACUCAGUGGUAAUAGGAAUAUCACUUGGAGCUUCACAGAGUCCAGAAGCUGCGAAAGCUCUCUUUAUUGCCUUGAUGUUUCAUCAAUGCUUCGAAGGUCUUGGCCUUGGUGGUUGUAUUGCUCAGGGCAAAUUCAAGUGUUUGUCAGUAACAAUAAUGUCGACUUUCUUCGCGAUUACAACUCCAUUAGGUAUCGUUGUUGGAAUGGAAAUAGCGAAUACGUACGAUGAGUCUUCUCCAACGGCUCUGAUCGUACAGGGAGUUUUGAACGCUGCAUCCGCAGGUAUUCUCAUCUACAUGUCUCUGGUGGACCUUCUCGCAGCAGAUUUUAUGCAUCCCAAAAUGCAAUCCAACACUGGACUUCAAAUAAUGGCACAUAUUGCUCUUCUUCUUGGCGCUGGCCUCAUGUCUAUAUUGGCCAAAUGGGCAUGAUUAUUUUCUUAUUCAACAAUCAAUUCUUUGUUCUUUUUGUCAAC